CGCAGUUAAUUGAAUAAGAAGAAGCAUAAAGUUCUUCACUUUUUCAUACGGAACGAAAAAUUCUCAAAAAAUCUUAACAAUCGUGUGCUAAAACUACUAAAAAAUGCGAAGUUAUUAAAAAUGCAGCCUAAUCGAUAUAAAAAUGACCGCAAAAGUGAAAAUUAUAGUUUUCCUAGAUCAAAUUGAAAUUGAAAGAUCAAAUUCACGUGAAUUAUAGAAGACAGACAUUAAAAGUCUAUAUAUAUUUUUUCGGCUGCGAACGGGCUCACACAAGGCUACACCAAAAGAGACAUCGACAAAGUAGAGAAUAAAGAGAAAAGUCAAAAACAAAAAACGCAGAAAUAUAAUAAUAACGAAAACAUGUGAAGAGGUGUCUGCGAUUGUGUGGAGGAUAAACGAGUAAAAGCAAUAAAGCAAGAGUUUAAGGUGUGUGUAAAAACACAAGCUAAGCCACAAUUAAAAAAUAAUAAUAGAAACAGUGAGUGAAGUGAGAAUAACGAAAUAUUUGCAAAAAUCUAAAAAACGAAAUCAGCUAAGAAGGCGUUUUUGAUUAAAGGUGGGCAGAAUGAGAACAUAGCAAACAAAAAAUCAUAAAUGACAUAAAACUAAAUACAGGUAAAUCAGCUGAUAAGAGAUAUGAAUUAGACAUAGUGGAGUAUAAAACCUUAUAUUGUUUUUGUUCAUCGAUAGAUACAAUUCGAUUCGCAUUACCAAUGAGACAUGCAAACCGUUUUGCGGAACAGCAGCGACAACAACAUCAACGCUUUCUGAAACGAAUAUACGAUCCACUUUAAGUCCAAGCAAUUAAGUUUGGCGAAUAAGCCCAAAUCAGCAAAGAAAAAAUCGCUUGAAGUCUGUUUGUCGGUUUCAGUGCAUUCUAUGAAAAAAAUAAGAAAAUAGAAAUCAAACAGAAAACCACAAACCGAAUAAACGAAAGUACACCCGAUUACGAUAUUCUGUAAACUCAUUUCAGUUGACCAUGGAGCUCCGAAUGUGUUCAAAAUGGAUGCUCUUGGAAUUGUUCGCCUUUUGCGGACUCUCGCUGUUUACCCAGGAGUCGGCGGCACAUGUGCUGGUCUAUCGAAGAAUAAAUAGUUUGUUUUUCUCUUUUUCGCAGUUAAUUGAGCAGUACAAUGAUCUGCCAGCGCAAUUUGGCCCCAGUCUACCGGCGAAUGGCAUCAAAGUCUUUGCUAUACCGGCAGCCAAGGAUAACUAUGCCUGCGACCCAUUGGACCCGCCGCCACGCCAAGGCUACCCCAAGAAUUCGAAAUUCGUCGUUAUAAUCGAGCGAGGUGGCGGCACAAACUGCACUUUCGAGAAAAAAGUGCGCAAUGCGCAGGCGGCUAGUUACGAUGCCGUCAUCGUGUUCAAUGAUAAAGGCGAUGAUUUGGAGCAAAUGUCAGCGAAAAAUGCGAGCGGCAUCUAUAUACCGGCAGUGUUUGUUGGCCAAACAACCGGCAUAAAUUUGAUGACAUUCUUUACAACAGAUGUGAUAUUGGUGAUAAACGAUGAGCUGCCAUUCAAUAUCAAUACGCAACUGAUUUUACCAUUCUCUAUUUUAAUUGGGCUUUGCUUCCUCAUAAUGAUUUUCUACAUGAUCUACAAGUGUGUGCGUGAAGAACGUCGUUUACGCCGGCAUCGCUUACCAAAGAAUAUGCUUAAGAAACUGCCGAUCUUGAAGUAUACUAAAAAUAGUGAUCUCUCACAAGACACCUGCGUCAUCUGUCUGGAUGAAUUUGCCGAGGGCGACAAAUUGCGUGUGUUGCCAUGCAAGCAUCCUUAUCAUAGUCACUGCAUUGACCCUUGGCUUACGGAAAAUCGUCGCGUUUGCCCCAUUUGUAAACGGAAGGUUUUUACGAAACGCCAGCCGCGCGUAAGCAGGACGAAUCGACAAUCUUCAUUGGAUAGUGUAACCGAUACAGACGAUGACACAACACCUCUGCUGCCGGCAACACAACCGGCACGAGUCAGCGGUACCAGGCAGAAUAGCGGCAAUGCGACAAGCAGUAAUAGUGCCGCUAGUAGUGCACGUAUCGCUGCCUCGGCUGGUAGUCGACGCAACGGUCGUAAUGCCACGACAACACGGCAUGGCACUUUUAGGCGCGCACCACCGAAUAAUAGUCACUAUGUUACCGAUGUCACUUCCGAUGAAGAGAACGUACUAGAGUCACAAAACUCUCCCAACCGCAGUUCACGCCGCGUAAAUCCCUUCGAUCGCAGACCGAAUAUUCCCCAGCAUGAUGUCGAACAGCAGACCACAACUAGGCGUUCUUUCUGGCGGCUACCACUAUUCGGUUUUUUCCGCCGACCACAGUCUAUAAGCGUUGCAGCGCCACCCUUCCUCGAGGAGGUUGUUCCACAGUCACCGAUCAAUGUUGCCAUAGCUAUUGAUGCUGCAACAGCAACGACAACAACAGGUAUAGCUUCAGCACGUACACAACAUGUUAAUGCGGCCAGUAGUGCGCCACAAGGCAGCACAGCACCGGUAGCAGUAGCACACUCUUCGAACAAUAUCCUCAAUCCGAAUUUAGCUGGUUCCUUCAAAGAAUGCGAUGAUGAUGACGAUGAUGAUGAUGAGUUGCCGCAGCAGUCGAUUUAUGAGCCAGUCACAGUUGCAACGCGUAAUGAAAUUAAUGCCACAAAUGGCAGCGAAUUAGUUGCACCGAGACGACAACAACAACAACAACAACAGCAGCAACAGACGCAGGUAGCAACACCAGCCGCACGCACGCAACACACACAACGCAUAUGAGUGUGAAAUCUACAGAUGUGGCCGUCACAAACAACAAAAGCUAGCACCAAAUCAGACAUAGCCUUUGCAGUGAGCUGGAGUGAGAAUGAGAAUAACAACGUUUAUAUUUUAAAUAAAAUGAUAUGUAGAAAUAAGUAAAUUGUAUGCAUACGGAUAUCGGAUAUGGUCUCAGCUAUGUGUGUGUGUGCGUUUCUAAAGAAGCGACCACGAACGGUGGUAGCGCGUUGAUUGGUCACAAUGUCACAGUGUCAGGUGCUAAUACUGCUUGCGAACUCCAGCGCAGAUGUCAACGCUUACUGAGGGAGUUACAACAAGCAAAUGUGUGACUCUACGUGUGUAGGAGCAACUGUAAAUUAUUAUAGUUUUAUUCGUUUUUAAUUGUUUGAUUAGAAUUUAUGUAUACAUCAAAUGUGAUUAAUAUUGGCUUCGAUUAUUUGUGUGCAUGCAUGCAUACACACAUACAUACAUAUAUACAAAUACUUAGUUAUAGGUAAAUACGAAUGUAACUUUUAUCAUUUUACUGCUAUGUAAGUACAUGUAAGCAUAGAAGAGAAUGCAAAAUACGUACUGCAAUAAACAAUAACAACCAGAAAUGUUUAAAAGAAGCAAAAAAAAAUUAAAAUAAACAACAAAAACCAAAACAAAUUAAUGGAAAAUAAACUGUUGCAAGAACAACUAAUAUAUAUGUGUAAGCAGCAACUAUUACAAUAUCACCAUAGCUACCAAAUUGUCUACAUACGUCUAUCUAAUAAUAAUAUAAUUAUCUAAGGAACUGUAUACAUGCAUAUAUAUAUACAUAUACAUAUAUUUUUACAAUUAUAAUCUAUUUUUUAGUUAAACAAAACAAAGACAUUUCAUUCUUUUAUUUUUUUUUUGCCGAUUCGUUGCGUCAAAAGUGUAUCUUUUCAUCCUGCUGCGCUUUGUUCGAACUAUCGCGAGCCAUUUUCUGGAGUUACCAAUUACACAUAACACCACUGAAAAUACAAAAUAUAAUAAAUAAAGACAGCGAUCAAAAGUUCUAUUAAAUUCAAUUCCAUGCAUGCUUCGUUAAUAAGCUUACAUUACUUUAAUGCAUCGGGUGCUUAAGAAGGUGGUUUGUUUCCAUUUCUUUCUUUCUUUGAAUUAUUUUAACUAUAACUUCCGCUUGUUUUAUGUUCUUUCAAUAAAUCCUCAUCACUUUGAGCACACAUAAUAUAAAUAAUGUUUGUGAUUUAACGUAUGUAAUAGAUCUAACUCUAGGUUAACCACUAUAGCAUUGUAAUAACAUGAAAUUACUAAGCAAAAAUAUUAUCACGCGUUUAAUGUGGCCAAAGGGAUCGUUAAAUGUGUAAUGUAAAUAUAAAAUGUUCCAACAACAAAAUACAAGAAUGAAUGAUUCAUAUUUUAUUCCAAAUAUAUCUGUGACUUUUAAUUAUUAUUCAUCGAUUAUAGUUUGUUCAAUAAGGUUGCAGAGUUAAGAAUUUAAAAUAGCAUGCACUGAAAUUUAACAAUAUUAUAUAUGUAAGUUAAUAAUUAAUUUAAAGCAUGUUUUUCAGCAGCUCUCACUUGAAUUUGACAGAAGCUAACAUUGAACCGGUUUCCUUUGAUUUUUGGUGGUAAAGUAGGCUGUACUACUUAUAUAUACAUAUGUAUAUAGGUUAUGUGAAAGGGCGAAUCCCUGUGUCACAGGAGAUCGCAUUUGGGCAGCUAAAACCAGUCCUUUGUCAUGCCGCAAACUCUGUGACGAAAGUGACGAUAACGCGUUUUGAAGCUCGUCCUGCCGAGAUGUUUCAGCCGCAGUCUAGCGAAAUCUGGACAAUGAAGGAGCACUUGUCUCGAUGUCUCAAUCUCCACUUCUUCGAUGCAACUUUGGCAAUUUAUUUUGAUUCCGAUGUCCUCCCGACAAAUAAAGUAGAUAUUUAUCAGAGUUGAUUGUUUUGCCAUGUUCUAAGUGGUAAACGGUUUGGGAUAUCAAUGAAAUUCUUUAUUCCUUUGAAAUGUUAUUAUAGGUGAAACUCGAUUUCUUUUGCAGGGCCAACACGAGCCGCUUGCAGAACUCCAGACGCUGUAAUGUCACCUUCGAUAUUCGUAUGAAGUUCAUCAAUCGUCGCUGGUUUGUUGACGUAGACCGUAGACUUGACGUAGCCCUACAGAAAAUAGUUGAACGGCGUAAAAUCGCCGACCAGGGCGGCUAAUUGACUUGGCCAAUUUGUGAGACGUUCAUCAAAAAUGGAUUUCAAUAAAUCGAUUGUUACAUUCGCUGUGUGGCUUGUGGCGGUUUUCUGUUGGAACCACAUAUCAUCUAAUCCGGCAUAUAAACCGCACCAAACCGUAAUUUUUUCAGGUGACUAAUGGAGUACGUGUGGAUUGCUGCCUGACCAAUAACGCAUAUUUUACUUAUGAGAAAUGAGCCUAAUCGCUACGUAGGACGUAGCGCUCUUAAUGUUGAGGCCAAUGACUCCGUAUUUCGGUAGUAAAUCUUAAUAAUUUCGACUCGUUGUUGGAUCGUAUAUCUUCCCAUGAUGGCAAACCUUACUGAAGAGAAAUGUAAAAAGAGAUGGAAAAAUUUGGCGUCAUUUGCCGUGCCUAUAGGUCUAUAGGUCUUUUGCAGCGUCCAUUUUGAAAACCCAUUUUUAUGAACCCUUUUCGCAAGUCUUCUCACUGAAUGAAAUCAACAAAUUAAAAAAAAAAUCCUUACACAUUAAAUCUAAUACGUCAACACUUAUAUAUACUUACCGAUAUUUAUAAAAGUUGCCAUAGCCACCUAAUUGGCCUAAUUGUGUGAGAAUUAAACAUCUGUUAACCGAUUAAAAUGUCUUUAAGUGGAACAGAACUCCCGUCUUUUGAUUGAAUUGCCUCAAGUGGUUUACUUUAAAUACUUUCGUUUUCGCUUAAUGGCGACAAUGCACUUACAGAGUGGGAAAGACAGCAAUUGAAGUCAGAAGCACAUGCCAUUUUACACACUAGCAAUUAAAGUCAGUCAUAGAGCGCAGUAUUAUUCUAUCCGUUUAUUAUUCAGAUCAAUAUAUUUUAAUAUAAAUUUCCAUUUAUUUAUUGAUUUAUACUUUUUUCAUUCAUAGUUAUUUUUUGUAAUACAAAGUGUAAUAAAAAAUAAUAAUUAAAAUUUAUGUAGCAUGUAAUUAAAUUUGUUAUGCAAUUGGGUUGGAGAAUACUCUUAGUUGGUGAGAAAAAAAAAUAAUCUUUAUUGAAUAUUCCACAUAUUUAUAUUUUUGAGAAUUUAUAUUUUUAAGGAAACAAUUGCGCUACAAAUAGUUUUUAUAAAAAAAUCUAGAUUUCUAGGCCGUUUUACUUAAACUCCAAUGCAAACUACACAUUUUUUCAAUCCCAACACACAUGUCACUUCACUUACUAAAUACAACAUACAAAAGUCUGCGUUUUGUAAAAUAAGCUUAUUCUUUCAUUUUAAGUUGAUUUAUGCUCGAAAAUUACGCUACAAUAGGGCAUCUUAAUGCAUUUACGCAUAAUUAAUGUUCGCUAUAACUAACAACUAUCGUUUAAAAUUACGUAAAACUCCACCAAAAUCAGCAUACUUUUAAAUACACGCAAUAUACAGUUAAUUACAGUUAUUUAAAUAUGCAAUAAUAUAAAUACCGAAAAUUGUUAAAAAAAAUUAUAGUUUUCUAUUUGAAAUGGUUGCAUUUCUAUUAAAUUGAAGUACCAUACAAGAGCAAGUUAUAUUUUGAAAUUGUAUAUGUAUUAUUUAUUGAGUUAUUUAUUUUAGCCUUCAAACGAUGUUUGCGUUUUGUGUGCGCGCCUUUUGUACUCAGCGGCUUUGGCUGUCUUAUAAAAUAAGCCGACUUACUAAGGCUUUCUUACUUAAAGUUUUCUUGUUGUUGCUCAUAACAGCGAUCGUAAAUGCGAAAAUAUCGCAACGCAAGCUUUUUAGAACAAAUUUUUUGAUGUAGCAAAAAUAUUCGAAAAACGUUGUAAAAGUCAAAACUUCUAAUGGUUUUUGGAGAUAUUUUUUAAAUAAUUGUUUUGGCUGAAAACUUUUUAUAAAACAUAAAAUUAAAAAAAUUAAAAAAAAAUGCAAUUUACACUAUUAAAAAACAUAUUUGAGAUAAUAGAUAUUAAAAAAAUGGCAGAAGAGCAUUUUGAACUUACUAUUCACUAUUUCAAAGUGUGUGUAUGUGUGUGUGAAUGUCGUGCAUAAAUGAGCACAUACAAAAAGUAUAACUAACGGCAUACUCAUAUACUGGUGCAGUUUUAACAUACUUUAUGUACGUACAUGCUGCAUAUGAAAAAACCCAAUAAAAAUAGUUCCAAUUACAUACGAGUAUUUUCUUUGCAAUGUAUUGUGGCUCGAAUAUUGUACGUACUUAAACAUAAAAUUAAUAUAAAAUAGUUAAAUAUGUCACACGUGUAAAUCUUUGCUAGACGCGCACUCGCACUAAACGACACUUUCAGCACAGUGCAGCUGUACAAGACCGGGUGCUUUUUUGCACUAAUUUAUAGCAUUACUUUCUCUCUCUAUAUAUAUGUUUGUUUGUUUGUAUGUAUGUAUUAUUAUUAAUAGUAUUUAACAUUGUAAUUUAUUUGCAUAUUGUUUUCCAUAUUUCUCUAAUGACACUAACAGCUAAUCAAAAUUAACAAAAUUUCUAUAACUAAUUGCUGCUACAUUCACACGUCUCUAUGUAUUGCUGCCAUUACUGUCUGCUGCCUGCAAAUUUUCACAUUUCAUUGCAUUAUCGCUUUCAUUGUGUGCUUACGUCUACGUUUAUGCAUUGUUUGUUUACAAGCGCGCCAUUUACAUACUUCAUUUGACAACCAAUGAUUCCUUUAAAUGUCGCAUCAGUCCAGCGCCGAUGUCUUGCACAUCCGGCCAUUGUCGUAUCACAAAUAUAAU